AUGGCCACAAGUGGAGCCCUGGUGUUAAGACUUUUCUUCAUGGCUGUCCUGAUGAGGCCCCAGAAGUCAUGGGCUAUCAAAGAAGAGCACAGAAUCAUCCAGGCGGAGUUCUUUCUUUCCCCAGACGACAAAGGAGAGUUUAUGUUUGACUUUGACGGUGAUGAGAUUUUCCACGUGGAUAUUGGAAAGUCGGAGACCAUCUGGAGACUUAAAGAAUUUGGACAGUUUGCCAGUUUCGAAGCUCAGGGUGCAUUGGCCAACCUAGCUGUGGACAAAGCUAACCUGGAAAUCAUGAUAAAGCGUUCCAACCACACUCCAGCCGCCAAUGUGUCCCCAGACGUGACUGUGCUCACCGACAGUCCAGCGAGCCUGGGGGAGCCCAACACCCUCAUCUGCUUCGUUGACAAGUUCUCCCCGCCGGUGGUCAAUGUCACCUGGCUUCGGAACGGACAGCCUGUCACCACAGGCGUGUCAGAAACCGUCUUCCUACCCAGGGAUGAUCACCUCUUCCGCAAGUUCUACUAUCUGACCUUCCUGCCCUCCACGGAGGAUUACUAUGACUGCAGGGUGGAGCACUGGGGUUUGGAGGAGCCUCUGCUCAAGCACUGGGAAUUUGAAGAGCAAACCCUCCUCCCAGAAACUAAAGAGAACGUGGUGUGUGCUCUCGGACUGUUUUUGGGUCUAGUGGGCAUCAUUGCCGGGGUUGUCUUCAUCAUCAAGGGUAUGCAAAGACGGACAGCUGCAGACCGCCGCCAAGGAGCCCUAUGA